AUGUGUACAAAUAAGGAGUGUUAUGGGAGAAAACUUUUGGAAGAUAGAGCUGCACAGUUUUUGAUGGGAGCAGUGGGGGACGCUAGGAGCUGUAACUUAGCUCCAGAUGCAACUCAGCUUGCAAAAUGGGGCACAGUAAUGCUUAUUAAUGAAUUACUGGUGGUCUUUAGUUCAUCCCCCCUCUUCGGUUCGGCUACUAAAUGUCUAUGGCCUUGCCUUUUUUAA